AUGCUCUCCGUCACAAUUAAUGGAAAACAAGUGUCCUGUAAGAAAGGGACAUUUAUCCUCCAAGCAUGCACGGAUAACGGCAUUUAUGUUCCAACAUUAUGUGCUCAUCCAGAUAUUCCUCCUGCAGGAAACUGCGGAUUAUGCGUCGUAAAAGUUAAUGGAAAUUCGUAUGAAUUAGCAUGUUCAACAAAAGUCACUAAUGGCAUGGUAAUCGAAACAGAUACUCCAGAAGUAAAGAAACGUUCCCUUGAUGCAUUAAAUGCAUUUAACGAUAUGCCUUUGAUGCCGGGAUCCAAAGAAAUCGAAGAUAUUUAUAAAUAUUUAAUACCAAAGCGCCCGAUUAGAGGCAGAAAAGCUGAAAAAACAAACGCUUUAUCAUUUGAUCCAGAAACAUGCGUCAAUUGCGGCCGAUGCGUCAGAGUUUGCGGUGAUAUGCAAUAUAUCGGUGCUCUUGACGAGGAAUCUCAUUCUCUAAAUGACAAUGAUUGCAUCCAGUGCGGUAUGUGCACAACUGUUUGCCCAACAGACUGCCUAACUUACAAUUCAUCUAUUUCCAGCAUAAUAAGAGCAAUGGCUGCUGGAAAAAUCUUAGUUCUUCAAAUUCAUCCAAGUUCUUCUGUUUCUCUCGGAGAAUUGUUCGGAGAGAAGAUUGGCGUCGACUGCACUAAAAAGAUAAUCGGUGCGGCAAGAGAAAUCGGCUUUAGAUACGUUUUUGACGUGAAUUUUGGAGGAGAUAUCAAUAUUAUCGAAACAGCGCAUGAAUUAUUACAUAAACUUAGCUUACAACCAGAUUCAUUACCAAUGUUCACAAGCUGGUGCCCAGCUUGGGUUAAUUUUGUCGAAAAACUUCAUCCAGAGUUAAUUCCUAACUUAUCAACCGUCAAAUCCCCACAUAUACUUUUAUCAGUCAUUAUCAGAAAUUAUUACGCUCAUCUCAAAGAAAUUGACCUUCAAAAAUUGUUUAUUGUUUCACUUCUCCCAUGUACAGCCAACAAAGACGAAAUCAAGCGAGAGCAGCUAUCAGAGACCGUCGAUUGCGUCCUUACGACCCGUGAAUUUGGUGAACUUAUCAAGAAAUUCGAUAUUGACUGGACAGAACUACAUCCUGGCGAGUUCGACGAGAUCCUUGGCGAAUCAUCAGGCUCUGCCGCUCUCUACGGUGUCUCUGGAGGCGCUCUUGAAGCUACCGCGAGAUAUCUCUACGAAAAUCUUACAGGAAAGUCUCUCGGAGACGUCAAAUACCAUCAGUGGCGUGGUAAAGACGACAUUCGCGAGGCAUCUGUCGAUUUCAACGGUCGAAUUCUUAAUUCAUGCGUAUGUAACGGCGUUGCCGCUGCCAGAGAGCUUAUUGAGUCCGGCAAUUACAAGAAAUACCAGUUCAUCGACGUCGUGGCCUGUCCAGAUGGCUGCAUUGCCGGUGGCGGGCAACCGAAAUUACAUAAUAAGAAGAACGCGCUUCCAAGAACGGAAGCCAUCUACCAAAUGGACGAAUCCAAACCAGACAGACCCACUCCACACAAUAACAAAGCUCUCCUUAAGAUCUACGAUGAUUUUAUCGGAAAUCCUUACGAUGAUUUCGCUCAAUCUCUUUUCCAUACCACAUUUGCACAGCAGAACACACCCAUACUCGAAAUGAAGCGCAAAGUCCACACUUUGCCCAUCGUCGCAUUCGGAUCUGCCUCAGGAACCGCAUCUCGCUACGCCGGCAUCUUCGCAGGCUUCAUCGGAACAGUCCCUGUUCAACUGAACAUGGUCACCAUUGCGAUGCUCGAGAAAACUUCCCACAUUGUCGUUUUCUGUUCGACAUUUGGAGAUGGCGAGUUCCCGGCCAACGCAGAGAAGUUUGUUCGGAACUUAUCCGAGUCAAAGACCGACCUAGGAAACCUCAAGUACUCAAUUUGUGGCCUCGGAAGCCAUGAUUAUCCGAAAUACUGUUAUUGCGGCCGAACUCUCGACAGACUGUUCAUGCAGCACCACGCACAGAGGUUCAUGGACAUCGCAGAGCUCGAUUCGUCGCUCCCUGACCACGGAGAACACAUAUUUGAGGCUUGGGCACCUCAAUGUGUCAAAAGAUUGGGAAUGAAGAUGCCUGAUUCAUCGAUCGGAGCUAACUAUACAUUUGUCCCGACCACGUCCAGUGAUGAAUCAGUGAUAAAAUCCCCAAUGAAGCCUGUUGGAUACGAAUUCGGAACAAUUCUCCAGACAAAAGUGAUAACUCCAGAGGGAUUCGAGCCGAAGAUGAGGUACUACGAGAUCAGACUGCCACAGGGAAUGACGUACGAGGCUGGAGACCUCUUGGCCGUACUUCCUCAGAACGAUAAUGAGACUGUGAAGGCAGUUUUGCAGGAAUUGAAGCUCAACGGCGAUGAUAUAAUGGAUGUAACAACAACUAGGCCGGAAGGAUAUAACACAAUACCGUCAAGACUCACAUUAUGGCAAUUAUUCUCACAAUACCUCGAUUUGAAUGGAGUUCCGAGCCGUAAUUUGAUCAGAGCGUACAAGCAGUUCACGAAUGACCAAUUCGCCAGAGAAAGAUACGAAAGGUUAUUAGAUCCAGCCGAUCCUCGCUUCUACAACGAUCUUGCAAAGGAUAUGAGUACACGAGAGUUCAUUUUGGAGUACACAAGGCACGGAUCUCCGCCAUUAGACGUAUUAGUUUCAAAUAUUACACAUAUCAGAGCCAGAUUGUACUGUAUUGCAAGCGCACCAUGCCACUCAUCAUCUUCCGUUGAACUUAUCAUAUCAGAUAACAUCUUUGGACCAGGAAAUUCACGUCGCGGACUUUGCACGUCGUUUAUGGCCAGGGAAGGGCUCACAAAACUGGCGGUUAGGACACAAAGAGGCUGUUUCAGCUACCCAAAGCAGCAGAAACCUUCGAUUAUCAUGGCAGCCCUCGGAUGCGGAGUUGCGCCGAUGCUUUCGCUCUUGCAGCACAGAGAAUCACUCGAGGGUGAGAAAGGAGACGCUUGUUUGUUCUUCGGAUGCAGAGUUAAAAAUUCAUAUCCGGAUAUUGACAAACAGCUCUCAGAUUACGUGAAAUCCGGGUUACUCCAGAACUGCUUUACAAGUUACUCGCGCGAGGGAACAACGAAAUCGUUCAUUACUGAGGACAUGGCCGAACAAUCCGACCUCAUCUGGAACUUGUGGAGGGAUGUAAACUGUACUUUCGCAUAUUGUGGACCUCCUAGAGGAAUCCCGGAGAAAAUCAGAAUGAAUUUCGUCAGAAUUUCAAUGGAAAAGGGAGGAAUGUCGAGAGAAGAGGCUGAAAACUUCUGCGCUGCACACCCGCAUUUCAUUGAAUCCUUCUAA